AUGUCCCUCUCAAGCUCCUCGGAUGACUCCUCAGACCAAGAAACCCCUUUCAACACAUCGAUGAACCUAACAACCGGUGUUGGACGAUCCUCCUCUCACCAACAAACACCAACCUCAAUUGAUUCACCAAACCAGCUACCAACUUCACCACCCUACAAAAAGCCUCGUGGAAGACCACCUGGUUCCAAAAACAAACCAAAACCACCUCUUGUGAUAACACAAGACAAUGAACAAGCCAUGAAACCUGUAGUCAUUGAAGUAGCUGCAGGUACAGAUGUUCUUGAAGCUGUCAUCCAGUUUGCACUCCGUUCUCAAACAUGUCUGAGCAUUCUCUCUGCUUCUGGCACCAUUGCCAAUGCUACCAUUUAUUACCCUCUUUGUCGUGCUCCUUCUUUUACUCUUCAUGGUCCUUUUUCUUUGAUGAGUUUGACUGGUACUUUUUUGUACCCUCCUUCACCUCCACCACUUCCUAUUGGUUGUUGUUCUUCUUCUUCUUCUUCCUCAAACCCUAAUGUGAAUCCACUGGAAGCACCACCACCGGGUAUGACCUUUGGGAUUACUCUUGCCGGAGUACAGGGGCAAGUCUUUGGUGGGAUUAUUGGUGGAAAAGUUAUAGCUGGUGGUGAUGGGGUUAAGGUUGUCUGUUCUUUGUUUAAGAAUCCCGAACUUCAUAGAGCUGGUGGUGUUAUUCUGGAAGCUGAUGAUGUUGGUGAUGAUGAUAAUAAUAAUGUUAAUGGAAAUGGUGGUAGUGGUGGUGAUGAAGGUGGUGAUCCUGGUGCUAGUAGUAGUGGUGCUGUUGGUGGUGGUGAGAAUGUGUCUGGUUUCAAUGUUCCUGAUCCAAUGCCUCUGAAUCUAGCACAAUCUGAUCCUAGCUUCAUGCCUUGGAACCAACCCUCUCACCCCCAUCCUCCUAAUUACUGA